AUGGGUGACGGCGCUCUGGGCUCGGACCACAUCAACUACCUGAUCCUCCGCUAUCUACAAGAAGCAGGACACGAGAACGCUGCGAGAGCUCUGCACCAAGACUGGCAUCGUCCGCAAGAAUAUGGCGAUCCCGAGAAGCUGCCAUUUGCUCCUCUCGUCAAGCAGCACGAGCUGGUCCACAUCAUCCAGGAUGCCAUCUUCCACGACCAACUACUCUCCCAGGUCACCAACCAGUCGCGACGCUUCAACUUGACCACCAGACAAUUCGCCCAUCGCUCCUCGACCGACAGACGACCCUCUACGAAUCAACAUGACUUUCCGCUCCCUCCUGCCAAACGCUCACGCAAGAGCAAUGACUCGCUCAACCCAGACAGCAUGCACAUCGAUCCUACACCACAAGACCAUGAUCAAGACGCAGACCCCGACCCUACACCUGAUGCCCCGGAGCCAGAACACAUCCCCACCACCUCAUCUGCCACUCAGACCGACAAGAAGCUCAAGUCCAAGUCCGAGACCAUGUACUGGGCCCUGGAUCAACCCGACGCUUCCAUCAUGCAUGCUCUGUGGAAUCCUCAACUCUCCCAAUCCACCCGCUUGCUCACUGUAGGAGAAUCUUUGUGUCGCUUCUACGACCUGCCACACCACACAAAGAACGGUACACAGCGUGCUCACCAUACCGACGCCGAGACCAUGCCCAAGGGCUCCGUCAUCACGGCUGCCUGCUGGCACCCUUCUGGCCGCUACGCUACCUGUGCCCUUGACUCUACCCGCCGCCUACCAGACGGCAGUCACGAAUCCGUGAGGUCUAUGUUUGACGCUACUGUUCAAGGCACGAAGAGGUUGUAUGAUCUUCAUGGUUAUCUGCUCCAGCAUUCUGCCAUAAUUGUCGCUCUACGCUACAACAAUGCCGGUACCCGCCUGUUGAGUGUCUCGACAAAUAUGAAACGUGGUCUGGUCGAGAUCUGGGAUGCUAGUCAAACCACCACCUCGCUAGAUCCUGUCGCAGUCAAGCUCUUUAACCAGCCCGUUAUUGAUGCUGUCUGGGCCUCUGACGACUCAAUCGUUGUCUGUGGUGAGAAUCGUCUCGAUUUUUAUCAAAUUCAUGAUGCUUCACUACCUAAUGGUGCUGAUGCGAAUGGCGACUCUUUUGCCUCUACCGGCACCAGAAACUUUGCUCUUCAGUAUUCGCAUCCUACAGAUAAGCAGUGGGACAAGGUACGAUAUGACUCUGUGAACGGUGUUGUUGCUGCAACUUCAUCGUCCGAUGACUGCACUAUAUUGCUCGCCAAGACUAGCCCUCGUUGGACUCUUUUGCCUGGCUUCCCCACUGAAGGUCCUGCCAGCAAACGUGCUACCGCCAUGGCAUUCCAACCGAUUGACACUUCGAAAACAAGCAGUUCGUCAUCGUCAAGGCGCCUUGCCGUGACUCACGAUUCUGGACUCGUCAGAGUCUAUAGAGUUACCUCCGACCUGUGUGAGACCUUGCACGAGUUUACUAUGGGCCCUCACGAAGCUGCUUUGGCUUUAUCGUGGUCCCCUGCAGGUUCCUGUCUGGCCGUAGCAAGUGAAGAGGCUGUAAAAAUCUGGGACCUCAGCGCCGGAUCCAUACCUCUUCUCACAUGGCGGGCCGCUGCAACACAUUGGUACCGAGGCGAUGAGAACAAUCUACCAAACGGUGAUGAAACAGGGGAUGAACCAAGUCUGAAUUGGGAUGCCGAAGGUAAAAGAUUAGUCUUCGCAGUUGGUCGUAAAGUAAGUACCUUCUUGUAUCGUUCGUGCGUACCGAUUUGCUAA